AGGUCAAAACCCCAGGUCCCCAACCCAACCGCUCCGAGGGUUUUUCUUUUCCCCUCCCCUUCCGGGUGCAGCCUCUCUUCCUCCCUCUCUCUCACACAGUUUCCGCCCACCAUCGCCGUCGCUUCUUCGCACAGGAAGGAGCAGUUGAGCGGGAGAUGGAUUCUCAGCAGCCUGAACCAGUGAGCUACAUCUGUGGAGAUUGUGGGGCUGAGAAUACAUUGAAGCCUGGGGAUGUGAUUCAGUGUCGUGAAUGUGGAUACCGUAUAUUGUACAAGAAGCGCACACGCCGGAUUGUCCAAUAUGAGGCACGUUAGGGUGCUGUAUUACAUUAGUAUUGUUGAAGUGAUUUGAGUCCUUAAAGAUUGUCGCGUAUGCAAGUGACAAGCAGAUUGAACAGUUUCUCGUAUGCAGUUGGGUGCGUUUUGGUUCAAUGAACUUGGUUGAAAUGGAAAAAAGCUGGAACCGUCUUUGCAGUUAGAGAUCAAUGAAAACUAUAAUCUAAUGUACAGCUUGUGGUUAUGCACCCUUGACUUUUGACCUUUUAAAGGAAAUGACAAUCUCUAUAUAAUGUUCAAUAUGAUUAUUGUACUA